AAGAAUCAUUCAUAUAUAGUGAGGGAUUUGGAUUUUAUUCCGAUCUUCUUCUUCGGCGGCGACGGACGGGGCGAGGGAGGAGAAUGUCAUCGUCUUUGAGCAGCGGACUUACUUUCAAGCUCCAUCCAUUGGUGAUACUUAACAUUUCUGAUCACUAUACAAGACUCAAGUGUCAAUCACAAUCCUCCGAGCUUUCCACUCCACCUAGGGUCUUUGGUUGCGUCAUCGGUAUUCAGAGAGGCCGUACUGUCGAGAUCUUCAACAGCUUUGAGCUUUUCUUUCAUCCUUCCACUCACUCACUCGACCGAUCCUUCUUGGAAAAGAAGCAAGACCUCUAUAAGAGAGCCUUUCCCAAUUACUAUGUACUUGGAUGGUAUUCUACUGGUAAUGAGGCCCAAGACUCGGACAUGCAUAUUCAUAAAGCCUUGAUGGAUAUCAAUGAGAACCCAUUGUAUGUCCUUCUCAAUCCUUCUAUCAAUCACAUGCAAAAGGAUCUUCCAUUGACUAUCUAUGAAAGUGAGUUGCACAUUAUUGAUGGAAAUCCACAACUUACUUUUGUUAGAUCGAGUUACACCAUUGAGACUGUAGAAGCAGAACGUAUCUCUGUUAAUCAUGUUGCCAAUCUUAAACCUUCUGAUGGAGGUUCUGCUGCGACCCAAUUGGCUGCCCACCUUAGUGGCAUUCAUAGUGCCAUCAAGAUGCUGAACAGCAGAAUCAGAGUACUUCACCGAUAUCUUGUUGCUAUGCAGAAAGGUGAUAUUCCUUGCGAGAAGUCCUUGCUUAGAGAAGUUUCUAGUCUUUUGAGGAGAUUACCUGCUAUAAAGUCAGAGAAAUUUCAGGAUGAUUUCCUAAUGGAAUAUAACGACACCUUGUUGGUUGCUUACCUUGCAAUGUUAACGAAUUGCUCAAGCACAAUGAAUGAGCUGGUACAGAAAUUGAACACUGCAUAUCAUGUCAGGCACACUAGAAGGGGAGGAAGACUUCUUGCAUUUUCCUGAAACCGUUUGUUUGUGAGAGACACACAAGUAUAUCACUUUGGAUGUUACAUCCAUGUUUGUCUGUCAUGAAUUCAAUCAAAUAUACACUUCUAAGCUUCUUUUUAGUUAGUUGUAUGCCACUAUUCCCCUUUAAGCGUAAGAAAAUCUCAAAUCUUCAAUUUCGAUUU